AUCAUAGCGCCCCUUAUAUCGGGUGUCCCCAUCAUAGUGCCCCUUAUAUCGGGUGUCCCCAUCAUAGUGCCCCUUAUAUCAUGUGUCCCCAUCAUAGUGCCCCUUAUAUCGGGUGUCCCCAUCAUAGUGCCCCUUAUAACGGGUGUCAACAUCAUAGUGCCCCUUAUAUUGGGUGUCCCCAUCAUAGUGCCCCUUAUAUCAUGUGUCCCCAUCAUAGUGCCCCUUAUAUCGGGUGUCCCCAUCAUAGUGCCCCUUAUAACGGAUGUCCCCAUCAUAGUGCCCCUUAUAUCGGGUGUCCCCAUCAUAGUGCCCCUUAUAACGGGUGUCCCCAUCAUAGUGCCCCUUAUAACGGGUGUCCCCAUCAUAGUGCCCCUUAUAUCAGCUGUCCCCAUCAUAGUGCCCCUUAUAUCGGGUGUCCCCAUCAUAGCGCCCCUUAUAUCGGGUGUCCCUAUCAUAGUGCCCCUUAUAUCGGGUGUCCCCAUCAUAGUGCCCCUUAUAUCAUGUGUCCCCAUCAUAGUGCCCCUUAUAUCGGGUGUCCCCAUCAUAGUGGUCUCUUACAUCAGGUGUCUGCAUCAUAGUGCCCUGUUAUAUCAAGUGUUCCUAUCAGAGUGCCCCCAUACAUCCGGUGUCCCCAUUAGACUUCUCCAUUACAUCAGGGGCCCCCAUCAGAGUGCCCCCAUACAUCAAGUGUCCCUAUCAGUGUGCCCCCUUACAUCAAAUGUCCCCAUUAGGUGGCCUCUUACAUCAGGUGUUCCCAUCAGAGUGCCCCCUUACACCUGGUGUCCCCAUCAAAGUGCCCCCUUACAUCAGGUGUCCCAAUCAGUGUGCCCCCUUACAUCAGGUGUCCCCAUCAGUGUGCCCCCUUACAUCAGAUGUCCCCAUCAGUGUGCCCCCUUACAUCA